AUGCUAUUCACUCAGGCAGCUGCGCGAAGCUUUAUUGGCGUUCGGGCAUUCUCUACAGCUCGUGUGUAUCGGGCAGAGCUGUCCUACCGGGUCUAUGGGCCCGAAAAGGAGGAAGCUAUUCGCGAUCCCAUUUUGUUCCUGCAUGGACCUUUCGGUUCCAAACAGAACAACCGGAGUAUAAGCAAAGCUUUGCCGAAGUACUUGAAAUGCCAGAUCUUCACAUUGGGCCUUCGUAAUCAUGGUGAUUCUUUCCAUGCUCCGAAGCACAAUUACAGUGCUAUGGCCGAAGACGUACAGGAGUUUAUCCAACAGCAGAAGCUCAAGAAAUGCGUCCUGAUUGGCCAUUCGAUGGGUGCUAAGGCCGCAAUGACAGUGGCUCUUCAGUCUCCGGAGAGUGUUUCCGCCUUGAUUCCAGUUGACAAUGCCCCGCUCAACACAACAUUGAAGAGUGAUUUCCCAAAAUUAUGA